AUGGGAAGAAUCUUUUUUGAAACUGCUAACCGUGCAUCUCAACUUAUAGACAGAAGUUUCAAUUGCUCUUUUGAUACUGGGCCAUGUGGUUGGAAAUUAAAAGGUUCAGCAGGAGAAAAAUACGACACAGGUAAGAGUAGUAAUUAAGGUUACUUAAUUCACAUGAUGAACGUGCGUUUUCGUCUAUUGAACAUGGCGCAACGAAAUUUUGGUGUAACUUUACCAAAUUUUUAAUGGAGAAAGCUAAGAAAAUGCUAAUUUCGAAAAUCUUCAUUUGAUGGGUGUUCUGUUUACAAACAUGCCCAGUAUUGGCUGACUAAAAAAAAUUAUAGGUAUCCCAUAAAAAAAUCAAAAUAUGUUCAUAGUUUACCGCAAUGUUUGUCUACAUAUCUCGAUUUAAAUCUUCAUAGGUACGGUAAAAAACGUGUGAGGAAAAUUUCUCUUCUUCAAUGGUUUAUCUGAUAUGACGGUUUUUUGACAACUUCGAGAAUUAUCAGUGACAAAUCCAAGAAUGAGGUCAUAUCAGAAAAACCACUAAAGAAGAGAUAUUAUCCGCAAACGUUUUUUUUUACCGUGCCUAUGAAGAUUCGAAUUGCCAUAUAUAGACAAACAUUGAGGUAAACUAUAAACAUAUAUUUUGAUUUUUUUAUGAAAGUACCUAUAUAUUUAUUCAGUCAUCCAAUACUGAAAUUGUUUAAACUGAACACCCAUCAAAUGAAUAUUUUUCAGGGCUUUCUUCACUGAGAAUUUGGUAAAGUUACACCAAAUGACAAUGUAACCUUAAAUUAUUAGGCCUGCUUAACAAUUCAAAUCAUAUUUAUUCCGUAGGGUAACCUCUUAAGUGAUCUAUCACUGGUAUCAAUGAGGGCCCUAGACCGGUAUUAAUGAGGGCCCAUGCAUCAGUAAUUAUAACUUACUAAAUUUUUAUGAGACAAUAUUGGUAUUUUGGAACCAAAAUACCAAUAUUUGUAUAUUGGUAUUUUGUGCAUGUAUAUUACGCGUGAAGCAAUGACAAUGUCUUAUUUUUUUAAAUGUCCAGAGCUGAAGCAGUACGUCGACAGUUUCAAACAUAAUCAAAAAGGAAUUCUACGAAGCCCAAAGAUCGUCGCAAGCAAAGCUUGUUUAACUUUUCAGUACAUGUCCAACAGUUGGUGGUCUUUGGAUCAUUCUCGGAUGUUUGUAUAUGUUAAAGACGCUGAAAGCAAGCAGUUGCUUCCUGUAAACGAUAAAUUGUUGUAUUACGGACAUUCAAAGUGGAAUACAAUCAAAAUUGAUUUAAAUAUUGUGAACGGUUUUACACAGGUGGGUUACGUCCUGUAGGCAUCCAAUGUAUUUCAUUAAGUAAAUCAAGAGUUAUUUUUCAAGAGAUAUUUUUCAAGCUCGCCGGUGUGGAUAUACACUCAGAGUAACAUAACAAACAUCAUAUUCACCUGAGUACACAAUACCAACACAGAAAAAAUCAUAUUACUAGAUUACACUGGUAUCGAAGGAACUAGAUUCUGUUCCGAAAGAUCACUUACUCGAACCGUCCUGACAGCGUAACUCAGUUGGCUGAGCAUUGGGCUAGUGUUCCAAAGGUCGUAGGUUUGAUUCCCACCGUGGUCGGGCAUAUUUUUCAAGCUUGCCCGGUGUGGAUAUACACUCAGAGUAACAUCACAAACAUCAUAUUCACCUGAGUACAGAACACCAGCACAGAAAAAAUAAAUCAAGAGUGUUGAUACAGAUUUUAAUUUCAUCUUGAAACCUAACCCAAUUGUAAAACCUAAUCCCUAAUGUAUUUUCAUUAUUUUAGGUUGUAAUAGAUUUCACUCUCGUCAAAUUUUAUGUUUCUGUUGCCAAUUUUGUUCUAUACACAGAAAUUGAAAGCUGUGGAAGCGUUG